GCCCCGCUCCCCGCACACGCUCGCAGGCAGGGGCCGAGCGCGCUGCACCCGCAGCCUGUGCCGGGACCUCGGCGGCGGCCGGUGCCCGGGGAUAGAUCAGCCUGCGGCGGAGCGGCGCGGACUCUCCUGCCCGGACGCACUCGCACUCCAGGGCUUUGCAGAUUAACCUAUGACUGACUCAUAAUCUGAGAACUGCAGUGGCUUGUAAAAUAGGAAGCAGGAAAGCCUAAGUGCUUAGGCUUUAACUGAAUCAAGACCAGCUCUCAGCAGUGGGAAACAAUAUAUUAAUCUAUCGGAGCACAGACUGCAGGCUUGUGUGUCACUGGGGUUUGUGGUGGGAAUUUUUUUCAUGUAAACAGGUAGGUAGGAACGAUUCUUCUGCUGUGUAUGUUUUUAAUAUGUAUGUUGAGAAACCUCAUGACAGUUGUGUGAGUUGGGUUUUUUUUUGGUGGGAUUUUUGGGCUGUUUUUUUGGGGUUUUUUUUAGUAUUAGCAUCAUUGCAUGACACCGUAAAGUACCUCAUUCUCCUUUGCGUUUUCACAUCUUUAAGUUGAUGAUAUUUAUUUAACAAACCAUCUUCAGUGCCUGGGUUUGGUUUGGUUAUGAAUGAAGGUGAUACCUCAAAAGUCAGAACAAGUUUCAUUCUCAUUUCUGUAAAUAAACCCUCUUGUAGCGUUGUUCUGUCUCGUUGUGUGCCCUGCACACAAUCAGAAUGGACUUUUUGGCAAGUUCUGCAUUCUGCCUGAUGGAAUUAAGUUGCAUGAUAGUUUAUGGACACUGGGUUUUUUUGUUUCAUCAGUUGUACUUGCAAGGAAGGUAAGCAAAUUAUUAUCUCCAUUUCACAAAAAAAUCUUCCCCUCAGAUGUUUGAUUUCAAAUAGAUUAAAAAUAUGAUUAGAACUCAUAGGAACCAGCUUCCUCAGUCAGCCACAGCCUAAUUUGGAAAACUGCAUUUAACCUUACUUGCAAGAAGAGAAAAUGUCCUGAAUCCUUUAGAACAGUACCUUAAAUAUGUCUGGGGUUGUGCUUUCCUUCCUUGUUCCACUCUACUUUUUCUGGAGUUUAAAAACAAAUUAUGCUUCUAAAAAAAAAAAGUUAGUCCUGUUUGCCUUCAGUUUAAAAGCUUUAAAUUAGGAAUGGAUAAAAGAAGUGAAACGUGCUCCUUUCAACCUCUUGAAGUGAACAUAGGAAAUUCUUCAGUCCUUCAGGUGAGUGCUGGGGGUUGUGGCUUUGCAGAGGAGCAGCAGGUGAUGCUCUGGGACUACUCUGGGGCUUUUUCCUCAGAACAGGUACAGCUUUAUAAGGCUGGAAGGUAAAGAGGCUCUUUCAAAGUUCUCUGUGGAAAGGGAUAAAAAUAAAGCUUUUUGCUACACUAUUGCUAGACCAUAUGUUAAGCACUGUGACUAAGAACUUCUUGUUGGUAGUAAAUUAUGUGAAUUAAUGAUGGUGUUUAUAUACGGAAGUUCAUGUUCUUGUCACAAUAAGUUCUUUUUGUAGGUUCACAUAACAGUAUAACAGGUCCUUUUUAGGUUGUGAUCUAGAAGUAGCAUCUGAAGGAUGCAGGAAAAGGAAGUAGUCUGCUGGAAUAGUUGAACACUCUUUUGGCCUUUUCUCUUUCUCUUUUACUCUCCCACACAGGACCAUGAGCAGUUUAUGAAGCAUACUUGCUAUCUUUCUGUAAGAUUUUUUUUCCCCCUUGGCCAUGUCUUCUAAGUUGGUGCUAGGUGUUUGGUGGUGUUUUCCUAGGAAGUCUUGUGUGCCUCUGUGCUGGUAUGUGAAUGCCUGCCAGAAAGCAACUAGGCUACACAUGGCUGUCUUGAAGUAAUUUUCACUGUCCUGAAGCAAAACAGCUUAGGAAGUGUUAAGGUGCUAGUCUUAGACUAACUGCAGAAAACAAAACAAUAAUUAAAGAUCUUAUUUUCCUAUUUAUGUUUGGUUUUUAGGGGAAGGGAUAUUUUUAGUCCUUCUUCCCAACUUUAUCAAGAUAAAAUUGUUUUUGUGAUCCUUAUUUCUAGUUAUUUUUUCACUUUUGACAGUUCCCAGCUUAAGACUGGAGCCCUGUUAUACAAGGUAAUACAUAUGAAGAGAUGGGAACUUGGUAGGUGCCCAGGUAAGAUCAGAAAAGGGGGAUCUGUUCCUCAACAAAGGAGAAUAGAAAUAUACAGAAGUGCAUUAAGUCACACAGAAAGUCUCUAAUAGCUUUUCUGAUUUUGUUCUUCUGUUUCAAAGCUAACAGGCCUCUCUUUCACCUUUGCACAUUUGUGAUUAUGAUUUUAAAAUAUUGUGUGUUGUGUGGUCUGCAAACCAAGGAAGGGAUUUGAAGCUGAAGAUGACCUUUAGUGGUAAAUUCUUUUCAAUAGGUAAAAAUUGGAUAUAAAACCAACUAAAAGUUUGUUUGGGAGCCCAAACUGAGUAUAUAUUAUCCACUGCAGGAAUGUCAAUGUUAACUAAGCCAUAUUAGAAGAAGAAUUGUAACAUCACUGUUUCAGUGCAUGGGAACUCAGGAGCCCCUACAAAGAGUAAGCAAAGGACUUGUGCACAGCUUUGAGAAGUUAAUCUCCCAUCUGUUGGUGGGGGAGUGGGUAGUAGUUGUUUUCAUUCUAUCUGAGUCCAUAACUAUGUUGCCCAUUAUAUUGGCCUUUAAGGGAAAGGAAAACCUUCAAACCUGCCCCUAAAACCAGCCAGCCUUAGCACUGCUUGGAGCCAAACCCCCAAAGGAUGCAUCUCCCUCCAAACUCUCCCAUUUCCUUCUGCUCAUGCCCAUAUAACACGCUCUGAUUGCUGCUGCUGCCCCUCUCCUGGGGGCUGCACAGGAGGUGGGGAGGUGCCAGAGGGCUGGGGAGGUUUCUGAGCUUUCCAUGUCAUUGCCAGCAGGUGCUCAGCCCUGCCUAAUGUUCCAGUGAGGCUGAACCAGAGGAGUCUGGGCAGGAUGCUCCCCCAAGGAGGACCUGGAUCUCCAGGAAUAAUAGGUUGCUGAUGGUAGGCAGCUGGGAUGAGCUAAAAGAUCUGGCCUUGAGCCUGGCUCUGCAGGAUGCAGAAGGAAGGAGGGGUGGAAAGCAGUGAUGAGCCUAUUGUUUCAAGUGAGCCAACAACUGGCUGAUUGACACAAGGGCUCCUUGUUGCUCCUUUUGCUCUUAAACACAGCUGUGGAGAGUGGAUGGGGAUAGAGGUAACUCAAAUUAGAGAUGAGAUUUCCAGUGUCCAGAGAGGCAGUGGGCAUAAAUUAAGAAUAAAAAAGAUAAAAUUCCAUCUGAAUGCAAGAAAAGCUUUUGGCUGGGGGUGUGCUCAAACACUGCAACAGGCUGCCCAGUGUGGUGGUAGAGUAACUCUCUGCAAAUCCUCAAAACCCAGUGGGUGGCUGUGCUGGGCAACUCUGCCUGAUCCUGCCUGGGCAGAGGGGGCUGGCCUGGAUGGUCUCCAGAUGUCCCUUCCAACCCCACUGCUUCUGUGAGAGCUUCUUUAAUAUUUGGAUUCAUUCUUUUGCUGCUGUUGUGGAACACUUGGGGAAUAAUUACAAAUGCCCCUGCUGGGCACUUGUCUCACAAAAACUGCUGUUGUGUAAUCACGGCAGUUUUAAUUGUAUGGGGAAAGCAUCCAAGUGCUAAGUAGUUAAUUGACUAAACUCCCCAGUUUAACAACCAAAGCCAAAAAAAUCCACCAGUGUCUCCCCCUUCCCUGAACUGAGAAAACACCAAAGCAUCCUAAACCUUACAAGACAUUUUGGUUUUAAUCCCUUAAAAUAUUACGGUUAUGAGAAUUAAAGGUAGCUUUAUUGUAACAAAAUUGUUUAUUUUCCCCUCAUUCACUCCAGUUUUUCCACAAAGUGCUAUCCUCAAAUUAUCCUGUGAAAAAUGAAAUAAAAAGCAGGCAGGAACAUGAGGAGGAGCAGCAGAGAAAAUGCUAAGUGAUCCCACCAAACUCUGCAGUUUUUGCCUUCUAGCCCACGACUGGGAAGUCAUGAGAUGAUCUGAAAGAAUUUUGCUGUAGCUGUGUUUCUUUGCUGGGCUCCUUCAGCCCUCCCCCGAUUGCAUUUUGCACAGCCCUCAGAAAGACCUCAGUGCAGUAGUUGGCAAGGAGGGAAUUACCAGGAAGGAAAAUCAAGUUGUGGUGGCUCCUCUUGCAGUGUGGUGUUGCUGAGAUCUGCAUUUUGGAGGAGGUAAUGAACGGCUGCCUUUGGGUUUCCAAUUUAGAAGUCUGGAAGCUUGCAAAAAGAAGGAUGUUGAGAAGUUUCCAUUAAACAUCCCUAGAGUGUGCAUGGCAUGCUUUACAGUCACUAAGCUUAUUGAUGCAGUGGUUUGGGUUUUCUUCUUGAUACAAAACACCUGCAGUUUCUGCCUAAUACUUUGUUUUUAAUCCUCUGUGCUCAGACAGUGGAGAAUAAGCCAGCUGUGUGACUGCUGAGGCCGAGCUGUGUGACUGUGAGGCCCGUCGGUGUGCCUGUGGCUGCUGAGGCCCAUCCUGUCCCCAGCUGUGUGCAGGAUGGCAGCGGGGAGCGCUCUGCCCGGCCGGGCCCUCGCUGCCGGCCUGCCCCGGCCCGCCCGCCAACGUCGCUGCCCUGGCACCGCGGAGUGACCGCCCGGCUUGGCCUCAGCGCCCUCCUGGACUCUGGGCUAGGGCAAAGAAAGAAACCAGGCAGACUGUAGCAAAGCUCCCUUUAUUGGCAGGAGUAAAGAGAGCCCUAUCAGAGCAUUGAGAAAGCCUAUUCUCCUUUCUUCUCAAGCCACGGAUCAAAUGAGAUUCAGAUAAAACGAAGGAAAUAAACUAUCUUAAAGCAUGGACCCCAGUAAGAAGUCAGAACCCCCUUUAUCUGUAGAAAUGGUGCAGCAGAGGGCCAAUCCUGACCGCAGUCCAUCAGCAUCCAUCUAUGUUCCAGAGCAAGGUGGCUACAAGGAGAAAUUUGUGAAUGCCGUGGAAGAUAAGUACAAAUGUGAAAAAUGUCACCUCAUCUUAUGCAAUCCUAAACAGACUGAGUGUGGACACAGGUUCUGUGAAACCUGCAUGAAUGCCUUGCUGAGAUCUUCUAGUCCAAAAUGUACAGCGUGUCAAGAAAGCAUAGUAAAAGAUAAGGUAUUUAAGGAUAAUUGUUGCAGGAGAGAACUACUUGCCCUUCAGAUAUACUGCAGAAAUGAAAACAAGGGCUGUAAGGAACAGCUAUCUUUGGGUCAAUUACUGAUCCAUUUGAGGACUGAUUGUCAGUUUGAAGAACUCCCAUGUCCUCGUGCUGAUUGCAAAGAAAAAAUACUGAGAAAAGAUUUGCCAGACCAUGUAGAGAAGACCUGUAAAUACCGGGAGACAACCUGUAAAUACUGUAAAAGCCAAGUCCCAAUGAUUAUGUUGCAGAAACAUGAAGAUACAGACUGCCCAUGUGUCAUGGUUUCAUGUCCUCAUAAAUGUAGUGUUAAAACACUCAUGAGGAGCGAGUUGAAUGCACAUUUGUCAGAAUGUAUUAAUGCCCCAAGUACCUGUAGUUUUAAGCGUUAUGGCUGCACUUUUCAGGGAACAAACCAACAAAUUAAAGCACAUGAAGCCAGCUCAGCAGUGCAGCAUGUUAACUUAUUGAAAGAGUGGAGCAAUGCUCUAGAAAAUAAGGUGGCCUUGCUCCAGAAUGAAAGUUUGGAAAAGAACAAGAGUAUACAAACUUUACAUAAUCAGAUUUGUAGCUUUGAAAUAGAAAUUGAAAGACAGAAGGAAAUGCUGCGGAAUAAUGAAUCUAAAAUACUUCAUUUACAGCGAGUGAUAGACAGUCAAGCAGAGAAACUCAAAGAACUGGACAAAGAAAUCCGUCCCUUCCGACAGAACUGGGAGGAGGCUGACAGCAUGAAGAGCAGCGUGGAAUCCCUCCAGAACAGAGUGACUGAGCUGGAAAGUGUUGAUAAAACUGCAGGGCAAGGAGCUCGGAAUACAAGCCUGCUGGAGACCCAGCUGAGCAGGCACGAUCAGAUGCUGAGCGUUCACGACAUCCGGCUGGCUGACAUGGACCUGCGCUUCCAGGUCCUGGAAACCGCGAGUUACAACGGCGUGUUGAUUUGGAAAAUCCGAGACUAUAAACGUCGGAAGCAAGAAGCAGUCAUGGGGAAGACUCUGUCCCUGUACAGCCAACCCUUUUAUACUGGAUACUUUGGCUACAAGAUGUGUGCCAGGGUUUAUCUGAAUGGGGAUGGCAUGGGAAAGGGGACGCACUUGUCUCUGUUUUUUGUCAUCAUGCGUGGAGAAUACGAUGCUUUGCUUCCUUGGCCCUUCAAACAGAAAGUGACUCUCAUGCUCAUGGAUCAGGGACCGUCUCGGCGCCACUUGGGAGAUGCUUUCAAGCCAGAUCCGAACAGCAGCAGCUUCAAGAAGCCAACUGGAGAAAUGAACAUUGCAUCUGGCUGCCCGGUGUUUGUGGCUCAAACUGUUCUAGAGAAUGGAACGUAUAUUAAAGAUGAUACUAUUUUUAUUAAAGUCAUAGUGGAUACAUCGGAUCUACCAGACCCCUGACAUACGCUGGGGGAGGCGGAUUAAACAGAAGGCAACUCCGUUUGGGGGUUUUAUAUCAGUUUGUCUUCAAUCAGAGGUCCUAAAGCUCACAGAACCACCUUGUGGAACAGAUGGAAGAGUUUGAAGGCAUAACUGCAUAGGGUCCAAUUGCGAAAGUAGCAACACAUUAAGAAAUCAUACCAUGGUAUAUUUUUUAAUAGAACUAGCAACACUUGAGCUCUGACGAAUCACUUAUCCCUCCUCAGGAUAGUGAUUAUGGUCAGAGAGGAUUUUUUUUAACUUAUUAAUUAUCUAGUCAAUUGGAGGUGAAAAGACAUAUACAGUAUGUGCUGAAUCAAUUACUGACUUUCAUUUCUUUUAAGCUAGAAUACAAGAAAAACCCUUCACAUGUGGGCUAGCUGGAAAUUGUCAGCAUGUUAAAAGAAGAUGAAGUAAUGUUGCAAUUAUGAUAUUCUUUGAAAAACUGAGGUGCAAUCUUGUCUGAAAUAUAGUAUCUUGUCUUUUUAAGGCCUCAUCUGGUCUCUGUUUUAAUAAUUACUUUGUCAGAAGAUCUUGGAAAAGUAUCCAUGUCUUCUCAAAAGUAUCUGAAUCAAAAUCAUAUUUUUAUUUAAAGUUCUAUUGUUACAGAAAACAUUUUAUUUUAAAACUGUUGAUAGACUGAUAUUUCUUGGAAGAAAAAAUAGAAGAUAUCAAACACUGGUUAUCACUUGUGAUAGGAAAAAAAACUAUUCAAUUCUGUUAUUUCUCUUUAGAAAUGUAAACCUACAAUAUAUGUCGUAGUUAAUGACACUAUUUCAAAAUUAAGGAAAAAUCACUCAUGGAUGCUGUGCAUCAUUAUCAGAUUUAUAAUUGUUUUCACCCUAAAAUAGGGCAUUUGUUGAACUUUGGAGUUCUAAACGGAAUCCUGUACAUUUUUUAAAGUUCUGCCCCAUGCUUUCCAAUCAAGCUAUAUAUGUUGCACAUUAUGCUGUCAGCAGUAUAUAGUAUUUUCAGUAUUGGGGAGGAGGAUUAGUGCUGAAAAAGCCUCUAUGUUUGUUCUGUACUAGCAGCCAUUGCUUCAAGACAAACCAGCAAUGUCUUAAUACAGUGAUGGUGGCUUGCAUGCAUACAUGUGCCUUAGAUGUGCUGUGCUGCUUAUAAACCAUAGCUUUUUAUUCAGAUUAAUUCUGAUAUCUGAAAUGGUAGUUUGAUUGGACUUCAGGCAUAAUGUUUAGCCUUGUCUUCAGAGCCCUUAGGUACCUUGCAAUGUACGAAACAGAAGCCAAAGCCCACUCCUUUGGCUCCUGCAGCUUCUGUGACUUGGCCAUGGUGGAAUCCAUCCCAUUGAGGUGCCAAAACGUUAUGCUCAGUGCUCCUAUGGAGCUUGGACUGGACAGUCUCCAUGGCCACUGUGAGGGCAGGCGACAUUUCUCCUCUAAUGCCUGUGGCUGUAAGGUGGCAUCACUUGAAACUAAUCCAUCUGAGAACUCUGGGGCUGUGAAUAUGGAUGCUCGUGGCAGCUUCUCGUAGCAGACAAGCAUCCUAAUGGGGAAUGCAUGGGCUUCUUUCUUGUAACAGCCUCAACUGUAGUGAAAAGCAUUUGCUAGCCCUGAAACAUGCUGAUUGCAACCUGCUGUGUUCAUCUGCUUCUAUUUAAUAGCCUGUGACAAGCAAGUCCAGAGACACAGCCUGACUGUGGUGCUCUUUAAAAUCCUGCUUAAGCAGAGCAGGCUUGCACCACUGUGUUUUCAGCCUUCAUGGGCUUGAAAAAACCUAUUGCAUCUCAGCCUUUAACGUCAGGCUGUAUCAGUUUUCUGCUUUUUUGAGGCAUAGUCACAAUUUUUGUCUAAGGUGCAGUUGAAUUCAUGCCUUUGUAUUUCAGCUUGUCUUUGCCGUUGUCUUUUUUGGCUGUGCCUUCACACACAGUGCCUGCAAGAAGUAUUUAUGGAUAUACAAUGCAUGCUAAGUGGUCUUCAUGGGUUUUCCAGGCACCUGCUAGAAUACUGCCUGCUGCUGACUGUCCUGACUGUCAGCAGCAACUUGUCUUCCUUUUCUUGCCUUCCAUUGUCCGGGUACUGUACUCCCUCUAUGGUACGUGGCUGUCAACAGGUGCAAGCUCAAAUAUGGAGGCAUGUGCUAGCAGUUAAUUUCUAGCACGGAAGGAGGAUGUUCUGCACAAGAGAUAAAUAUCUAUAGAUAUACCUGCAUCUAUAUCUCUAGAUAUCAUUGUAUGGCACUUGCAGUUUUAUGCAGGCUGCAUAAGUAAACCCAUCACUUACGCUUUAGGGCGAAGGUUCGCUCGACUUGUGUCAUUUUAAUAAUUGUGAAUGUAGGCAGCUGAGCUUUUGUGUUUGUGCAUCACAGAAUUUUACUGAAAACAGGAUUCCCAAGUGGAAAUGUCCAAAGGACUCUCCUCCCAUUGCUAAUGCAUGUCUUGUAAAAUUAAAUGAAACCGUUUGGCGAUCACAAAACAAUUUAUAUCCUGUUUCAAUCUGGGACUUGGAGGAGAUUUUGAGUAUAAGCAGGGCCCGGCAUAUUCUGCAGAUUUGUGACUACAGUUUCCAACUUCUGUGACAGAAUUGCGCUUCUAAAUCCAAGCUCUUUAAAAGAGGAGGAAAAAAAGCAUUUCCAGCCUUGGUGAUUGAAAGAGGACUUUGAAACAUGUGAAUGUGUAAACCAAUAGGGAAGUCUUCCUGAGUCUGCACACAGCCUAAACUAGUAGCUUUAAGAGAUCUGAAUAUCUCGUCUUGGUGGGAUAUUGACUCAGAAACUUCAGAGAGAAGUUUAAAUAUGAACACUGCUAACUAUCUAAAUGCCGAUCACUGUAGCAGAAACAUCAGUCACUGUUGUAUUUCACAGAUCUCUAUGCUGCUUUCCACAUCUCCCAAGUGCCAAAAGCACCAGCUGCCAGAAUCUUCAGCUUCACUUGGGCAGCUUUUAUAAUGCAGUAAUGUGCUAUCGAUAUAAAAAUAUUUUUGCAUAUGUGCUUUUUAUCACAGUUAAUAAAACGGAGGCCUACUGCACUUAUUUUUUAAAACUACAUGAAGCUGCCAGAGAAUUUCCAGUUUGCCAACCCUGCGUACUGUGAAAUCCAGGAUCUUGCUACACAAAUGUAGACACCGCCUGCUGUGGAAUACCUGAAGCCUUGACUGUAACACCCCUUUCUCCACAGAACUCACAGGCCAUCUCUGUAGAGUUCUUACUGUGUACAUAGAAAUCGGUUUCCUCUGCUUUCCAGCAAGGAGUAUGUAGCAUUUUGUGAAAACAAGGCCACUGUAUAUUCUCUAAGUUGAAAGGAAAAGAUACCUGGUGCUUUACUCAACACUUUUAAGUUAUUUAACUGUUUCUCUCAUCGCUGAAAUGCCCUUUAUCCUUUUUCUCUUUGUUCCUGACUGAGAUAUCCGAAGUUUUCUAGGGACUGUCUGUUUAAAGUGAUUCGUGGGACAACACCCUGCCCUCAUGUGUACUCUUGAAUCCUGGCAAACUCCUGGGAGCUGCCACUAUUGCAAGGGGGUCCCAGAGUAUUUGCAUUACUUUGAACAGAGUUUGUUCAGUGGAACCAUAUUGUCCUCUACUUAGUAGUAAUUCUUAGCAGCACACAGCUGAAGUCUCUUGCUGGUGUUCUUUCUUCACGGUGACGCUCCAAGUUAUGUAAAAACCUCUUCCGUUUCCAGCUUCCUCUAGGGAGAUUCCAGUGUGUGACAAUCUGGAUGUUGCCCUUUGUGUACACUCUUCAGCACAGAAUGAGUGCACCUGUUAGCUAGAAAGUCUUGAAUCCUAAGCAGGAUGAAACUAUUUGGGUGUUUAAAGACCAACCUGCAAUUAUGAUGCAUGACCAUGUCUGCAUUGCUUCUCUGAGUUAAUUAAUUGGGGUCUUGUUUCAGUUACUGUCUACACGGUACACCUUCAACUGCUGACUUACAAUAUGCAAUGUUGAUUUCAGCCUUGUACUGUAAAUGUUGUUCUUCACAAAGAGAAUGUGCAAUAGGAAAAGGGAAUGGUGGGUGGCAUAUUUUUGAUGGAAAAAACACGCUAGAUUUUUAAAAACAAGGAAAAAAAAUGAAAUGCAGUUUAUUUCCUUUUCUUGUGGCGUUUUCUACUUGGAAAAGGAAAGAUGAAGAUAUGUGCCUGUUUCUGUGCCUGGUGAAUUUCUCAAAUACAAAGGUAAUAGAGAUUUAUGUUAGCUGGGAUUUAAGUGUUGAACCCAUGAAUGUUAGGCUGUGGUUGUAUCGCUUCUGUUUCCUCAGCUUGCCACAAUUACGGCUUGCUGAACUGGAGUUUAAAAGCUACCACCUAUUUGUAUUUGUAUUCCAUCACCUGGGAUAGGCAUUUCACCAACAGUGCAGGGUAUCUGUUGAUAUUUUGUUCAGUUUUUAAAGCACUGGUGCUUUUUGGUCCAAGACAGAGAAGCGUGUAGGGAGUGACAAGGAAAAUGCCUGCACUGCAGAAGAGUGAAAAACAUGACUGCAGUAUUGAUGCCUUUGAUAUGAUUUAACUAUGCAAAUAUACAGAUAGGUGAGGGGGGAAAUUCUUGGGUUGCAUACCUAAUCUCUUAGAUUUUGCUCUGUAAAUUACUUGUAUGUGUGUAGGUACAUACAUAUACACACAGACAUGCAUGCACAUAAAUAUGCAAAGUCUUUUCUUUAUGUAGAAGUGAUGAAACAAAACCCUUUCCUCCAAGUUAUACUUGAUCACUUGGUGCAAAUAUAACUUGUUGCUGCUAAAGGAGGACCUUGGCUAAGGGCAAACUUUGAUUCAUGUCUUUCAGGUUUGAAGACCUGUAUGUAGCAAACACUUUGUUUAGCUUUUCUGAAGACUCUGAAUUGUAAUUUAGGAUACAUGUUCUUCCUCAUGCUCUGAUAAUUUGGAGAUUCCUAUAUUUUAAAUAACUAUAGUGAUGGGCAACUUUUUGACUGCAAAUAAUUUCCUCUAAUUUGGAACAGAAAAUGAUAAAAAGCAUCGGGACCUCUUCCCUGGAAUUUCUGUCCUGUUCAGUCAAUACCUUGAUAUUCUGGUUGACCUAGAAGUCAAAGCUACUGCAAUAAAAAUGAUUGGUUUGGCAGUUUAAUCUGAGUUUUUAAUAUUGUGUACAGUGUAUAGCAAGUGCUGUUUCUCCUUUUUGGAACAAGGAAAUCAAGGAUGAGAUAUGAUUUGCCCAGAGUCACAAAAGGAAUCUCCUGGAGCCGGAACUGAAUGAGAGGUUCCAGUUCCCUAGUUGUUAUCUCUGAAUCAUGAGGUUUUACUCUUUUAAUACAUUUGUCCCUUAAAGGAACUGGAAAAUAAGUUGACAUACCCUGAAGACCCACGUCAGGACAGUAAGGGCUAGAAUUAAACAUACAAGCUGUCGUGAUUUGGGGUUGUACACGCGUGGUGGCCCAGACGCGCGGAGGGAAGGCCAGCACAGCAUGUCCGUGUCAGUAACAGCAGCAAACUGUGUCCUGCUCUGUCUGUUCAGAAUUGUCCAACAAAACCAGUCUCGUUUGAUGCUCCUCUUAACUAAAGAGGGAGAAUACCAUUGUACAGUGAAGUGGGUUCAUCUUUGUUCUACCAGUCAGUGUGACUGAUCAUUUCUUACUUGUGGGGCUUUCUCCCUUUUUCUGUAAACCAAAAUCUGGAGGGCUUAAUUGUUCUUUCUUGCCUCUUAAUCCAGGCCUUUGCAGAGAAGCACCAGAUAGGAAGGUUGUGGAAAACUUUGGACUGCUGAUUCAGGGACAUCCUCUUAAGAUUUAGAAGAGUAGAAUUCUACAAUGCAUAAGGGAUCUGACUAUUCCUGUUUCUCUUCUAAUAUAUGGUCAAGACUGCAGCUUCUGUCUUCCAUUUCAUGAUGUCAGCGUAGAUAUUAGGCUGUGUUUUUUCAUUAUUUCCCCUCCAAGUUAGGAUUAGUUCCUUAGGGUUCAAAUAAGUUCUGAAUUUCACAGAGAAGCACCUGAACCAAAACCUUGGAUUCAAACAUCCCAGACUUGAUGUGGAAUUCAAAUCUGGAUCCCGACUCUGUGGCUUACUAACCUACCCAUUCAGGGAAGGGUUUGUUGUCUCUAUGUGGUGUUUGUGUUUUUGGUCCUUUGGAACUAAGCUUUUAAUUUGGUUGCCAGUUCUGCAAGGACUUUUUAACUUCUUAGCAAUGCCGGUGUUCACACGCUCCAUUGCUGGCAGUGCGAUGCGUAGUGAUAAAAUUUGACUCUGUCUAAGGGUUACUGAGAUAAACCAGCAUUACCAUUCUUAAAGGUCAUUUUCUUGCAUAGUGUUCCGAGCUUUGUAUUUGAAUCUAGCUCGCACCUGAAAGGACACAUCUUCCAACUAUGACCUGCAUCACUGGCAGAGAGUUGUAUAAUCUGUACUUGUGGAAUGGGAAGGUACAAGCUUCCAUCGUUGCUGAUGCAUCGUGUAAUCCACACGUUUUGUUUUUCUUAUCGCUGUUGUUCGGUUAAUACUUCCUUUUUUUUUCAGUUUUUUAGGAAAAAAAAAAAAGGGGGAAGUUCAGGAUUUUUUCUACAAGGUAUAAAACUCCAAUGAAUUAGUGGUGACUAGAGAGCUGUGAAAAAUACCCCAUUAGGAGAUGAUGGGCUAAAUGUAGGUCCAUUUCUCUUAGACAAGUAGGAUAACCUUUGAAGAUGCAUGGAACAACAUAAAAAUUGGGAAAACUAAAGCUGACAUUUGUUUCCAAGAAAUUCUGUGAGAACUGUCUAUGGAAAAGACAUCAGUGAUUGAGAAUAAUGUACAAAUUAAUGUGUUUGAAACUUGUGUAUCCAUUUCUUUAAUCUCAUACUCUUCAGUGAACGGUACACUUGUGUUCAGUUUUAUGAUCAAAAACAAAGACCAAAGAAGGCCAGCCUCAUUUGAUUGUGUAUAUUCUGCCUGUCUUAAUUAUCAAUAGCUGUAAGGAUACAGUGCAAGUGAUCUGGUAACCAGUGGUUCUCGUCCUUUUCUUAUAGGGGGAAAAACAAUUUUAAAAUGUAUAAUUUAUUGCUCAGCAAUAACCAUGUUGUUAAAAUAAUAAUAAAAAAAAUAAAUUAGCAACAUGUCUUAAUUUCCCAAUAGCAUUAUUAUAUGUUGUAUUUCAGUUUACUGUAUAUUGUGUUUUUGUAUUUAUUUGUGUUUGGAGGUCUUGCUAUGUCUUUUUGUGUUUAAAUGCUAAUAAACAAGGACAGUGUGUAAGAGUGUAGAAUGCUGAACUCUGAAAUGCUAAACUGUGUUAUUAAAGGAAAAAUAAAUAAGU